AUGAGCCAACAAGACACGUGCAAAGUGUUGUAUGAUUUUAAAGCAGAUGGAGAGAAUGAAUUGAGCGUUUCUAAGGGAGAAAUAGUAAGACUGAUCAGCAUCCAUGGAGAAUGGAUGAUGGUCGAAAAGAUGACAAAACCAUUUCAAAAGGGAUACGUUCCAACAUUGUACAUUAGCGUAAGGAAUUCGGGCUCCAAUUCCGAAUCAAGGACAGCCUCAUCUCGGAAAUCUUCAAAAAGUAAUGUAUCGUCCUCCACGACAGGAAAAAAGGACAAUCAACACAACUCGUCAUCUGUAAUUUCAAACACUGAAAAGCAAUUGGUUACAUCCGAUCGGCAAUCGACCCCAACACAAGCCUCUAGCGAGGUUGUCGCUUCAACUGCAAAUGCUAAAGAAAAGGAGGACCUUAUUAAGAUCAAUGAGCAACAACUGCCAGUAGCCAAUUCUACUGUAGCAACGGAUAAUACAACCACCAACACAACACAACAAAACAUUACCCUGCCAUCAACAACUGCAACAUUUGAUUCUUCCUCCGCUCAAGCGACAACAAACGACCCUAAACCAGUAGUUUCAGAACCAACCUCAAAAAGAAGCGUUGCAACUCCAUCCCACGUUAAAUCUGUUAAACCUACCAAGAACAUGUCUUAUGCUACAAAAAUUGGAAAUGAAUUCGAAGAGUCCAUGUCUGUACUGCAUGCGUACGAGGCAAAUGAAAAAGUUUUCAAACAAACACUACAACAAAGGGAGGAAGCUUUCAAAAGAAUUGAGCAAAAACUGGAUAAGAUAUGCCAGGAUGUCAACGAAUUUCAACAACGAAAUGACCUAUUAAUUGAAAGGAUUAAAAAUCUGGAUAAUAGGAUCGAAAAUGACAGAUUGAGAUUGAUUGAUGGUAUAUCUGCAGAACCAAUAGAUUCUGAAAUAAUGAACGACGCUAAAGCAAUCACCAAAACUCCAAAUUUUAUAGAAAGAAAAAGAAGGACCUUGGCUGCAAAUAUUCAAACUCCUUUAAACUAA